AUGCAAACGCACAGCACGACCCUGCGAGGAGCUCGCCCCCAAGGGGCGAGGGCUGCGGCUCCGCGCCCUGUGAGGGCGCCCAUUGUGGCUAGAAGAGUGGUCGUCACGCAUGCCAAUGGCGAUGGAUCGGUGCAGUCGAGCAUUGACGAGAGCACCCUCGAUGAUCGCAUCGCCAGUGGCGAGUUUUCCGAUGUGGGAUCCACAAAGGAGAGGAUUACGCGACCAGUCAGGAAGCUGCUCGCCCAGGACCCGGUCGGCAUCGGCCGCUUCCUGGCGCUGCAGCUGGCGCAGCUGGGGCGGCAGUGGCGCGCCAUUGCCGCGCGCCGCAUGCCAGAGGCGCGCGGGGACAUCCGUGAGAUCGUGGGGCAGCCCGUGUUUGUACCGCUGUACCGCCUCGCCCAGCGCUACGGGAAGAUCUUCCGGCUGUCGUUUGGCCCCAAGACCUUUGUCAUCAUAUCUGAUCCCAAGUAUGCCAAGCAGAUCCUGGCCACUAACGCGGACAAGUGA